AAAUCAUGAUGAUGAUGAGCGUGGUAGCUAGUGAUCGUAAGAGAGAAAAAGAACGACUAUAUAUACUUCAACAAAAGAUCAAGAGAUCACCAUCAUCAAUUGUUAAGGGAAAGAUCUCAAAUGGCACCAGUCGGACUGCCUCCUGGUUUUAGGUUUCAUCCGACUGACGAAGAGCUUGUAAAUUAUUAUCUCAAGAGGAAAAUCAAUUGCCAAGAAAUUGAACUCGACAUUAUUCCUGAAGUUGAUCUCUACAAAUGUGAACCAUGGGAAUUAGCAGAAAAAUCAUUUUUGCCGAGUAGAGACCCAGAAUGGUAUUUUUUUGGACCCAGAGAUAGAAAAUACCCAAAUGGAUAUAGAACAAACAGAGCAACUCGAGCUGGAUAUUGGAAAUCCACUGGAAAAGACAGGAGGGUAAAAUGCCAGAACCGAUACAUUGGAAUGAAGAAGACAUUGGUUUACUACCGAGGGAGAGCUCCUCAGGGGAUUAGAACUGAUUGGGUCAUGCAUGAAUAUCGCCUCGACGACAAGGAGUUCGAAGACACCUCGGGAAUUCAGGAUACGUAUGCACUCUGUCGCGUGUUCAAGAAAAAUGGAAUCUGCUUUGAAAUUGAAGAGCAAGCGCCUGGGCAAUGUAGCAGUUUAUCAUUAGUACUUGAGAGCUCACAAGCUGGUCAUGUAAUGAAUGACUAUCAUGAAUUAACCAUGUCCCCAGAUGUUACCAUGGCAUCUUCAUCAUGCUGCAUGGAUGAUGAUGAUCAUCAUCAGGAAGAAAAAGAUGAUUCGUGGAUGCAGUUCAUCACGGACGAUGCAUGGUACUGUUCUUCUAACGUAGCUAUGCAGGGUACUGGUGGUGAAGAAGUUUGUCCCAUGGCUUUCACAAACUAAUUAUAAAGAGUUAAAUAACAGUUCAAAAAAAAAAAAUUAUAUAUAUUUUUUAUAAAAUAAAAACACUUUUUGAGAACAGUUUCUGAUCAUUAAGAUCAUGAUUUCUCAAUUCUCACUUGUUGAUUAAUUUUUAUCCAAUUGGAUAUAUAUGAUGGCAUGCAUUGGUUGGGUUUUGCUGAUCUAGUAGAGUACUACUCAAAUUAUCA